AUGUCUACGUACCGUGUCUGGAUGACCAAACGUGUGCCACUGAAGGUAGCCCGACUCCCGUCAGCCCUAAAGCACCAUAGAUCCAUUGCGACAACAAGCAGAUCCCCAGCCGCCAUCGUAUCUAACGAUUUCCGUGAAACCAAAUCGCCGCCACCAUCCGAAUUCAUCUAUGGAGCAUAUCAGAAAGUCGGCGGACCCAACGCCAAAGAUGUUUUCAGAAUCCGAAUUCCCACUUUCGCGAGUCUAGAAGCCGAGAGAGCGCACCGAAAGCUUCACCACGCCGCUGCUCUCCGCUGGCUGGGCUACCAAGGCUACAACAACGAAGGCGCUGGUGGGCACGUCACCGUCAGGGAUCCGAUCAUGACAGAUCAUUUUUGGAUCAAUCCACAUGGAAAGUCAUUUAGCCACAUGAAGCCUGAAGAUCUUGUGCUUGUGAGCAAAGACGGAGAGGUUAAAGAGGGCGGAAACAUGCACUCGAUCAACCCAGCAGGAUAUAUCAUUCAUUCCGCUGUUCAUGAGGCGAGACCUGACGUUGUGGCUGCGGUUCACUGCCAUUCGGUACCAAGCAAGGCUUUCUCGGCUAUUGGUUGUAAGCUUGAGCCUAUCAACCAGGAUGCAUGCAGAUUCUACAACGACCAUGGAAUCUAUUCCGGCUUUGGUGGUAUCGCAUUCAAUCCCGACGAAGGUCAACACAUUGCUGAUGCCCUAGGAAACACCAAGGGUUUGAUUUUGCAGAAUCAUGGCCACCUGACUGUGGCCAAGACGGUCGAUGGUGCAGCCUUCUUGUUUGGGGCCAUGGAUCGGUGUAUCCAGGCUCAGCUCAUGGCUGAUGCUGCUUGCGCUGGACGGGGAACGAAGACGAUCAAGGUUGGUCAUGAGGAGGCGGAGUACACGAGGAAAGUCUACAAUGAUGAGAUGAUAUAUAUCAUGUUUCAAUCUGCUUUCGAAGAUGUUGUCAAGGCAUCGAACGGCGAACUCCCUGCGCAUGUCCAGGGAGAGAUUCCUAGACCGUGA